AAAACGUGCCCGCAGAGGCAGGGGCAGAGACAAAGGCCGAGGCCGAGAUGGAAACCGAUCCCUGGGCCAAGGCGCACUAGCCACAGCCUCGGGUCCUACCGAUGCUAACCGAUCGCAGUAAGUUAAGGUUCCACUUCCAAGGUUACCUCAUGAGGUCCACUAGCAUGGCAGCAUGGAUUAAUAUUUCUUCCAGAUCCCAGCCACAGGUCGGACUUCCUCAGCCUCAGAACGGAGGUCGAACUCGACGCGUUGGUACGCGCGAGCUUGGAGCAAUUCUUGAACCAUUCUUAGAUCAUCCUACUCCGGUAGUCGACGAGGGUUUUAGCCUCAACAACGGUCAAUUUAACAACGGUCUCUCCACAUCUACCCGAAAUUUACGUUCAACAACAUCCCGAGGCACUAGAGCAGAGCAUCGAACCUUCGUACGCCAGCAAAAACCUCCCACUAGCAAGGCUUCCCGCAAGCUACUCAAUAUGGCGAGCCAGCAGGGCAAGUGGCGCGAGGAUCAAGUCCUCGUCGUCUGUCCCGGCAGCCAGACUACCAUGGCUCAGCUCGGUUGCAACGAGCUAACCCCGCCUGCUCAUCGCAUUCCCACGCGAAUGUUCAAGGAUCCCGACUCUAACGAAUAUACUCCCUACCGCAUUUACAAGCGCAAGAAGGCUGGCGCAUCGGAAAGCGCAGACGGCGAGAAAGCCGAGGAUCAAUGGGAAUAUGUCGAGGAUCGUGACAGCACCGAGGACGCAAUCUACCCUUUGGAGGGUGGUCGCAUUGUUAACAUGCCGGCCUUCCUAGCAUUUCUCGACCACGUACAUGGUCUUCUCACUACCACAUACCACAACACUCCGAUCAUGAUGAUGGCAUCACCACAGUGGACUCGGCCUGAUCUUGAAGCUAUCGCGCGCUACGUAUUUGAGAAGACUAAGACUCCGGCUCUAAGCUUACUGCACAGCGCGGUUGCCGCGCAAUAUGGCCUAAAGUGGCCGACCAUGACCGUUGUCGACAUUGGCUACGAGAAGGUCGAUGUUACCUGCAUCCACGAGUACCUCAUCGUCAGCGAGAGAGGCCUGGGCUAUCCUAACCCGGUACGAGAGAUAUCAGGUGGAGAGAUCUUCACACAGAAGUUGCUAUCGCUUCUAAAAGACAAGGGGUUUAACUACGAAAUGGCUGAGCAACUCAAGAAGAGCCCUCUUUGCGAAGUCCUCCCCUACGCUACCGACUUAGAUGAGCUUAUGGAGCUUCCUACGGACGAUAUUUCUCCUACCACAGGCCAGGUCCCCGGCGGUGCCUCGUUUAGCGCAGAAGCCCCGAAGCCUGUAGAACCGCCCAAACCUGUAACUGCAUUUGGGGGUGAGACUGAGGACGGACUUGCCGAGGGUAAGGAGAGCGACGAAGGGGUUCUAGACGUGGCGAAUAUCGUUACUAGCGGUAACACGCGAGAAUUCCUUGCCAAAAAGGAAAAGGAGAAGGCUGAAAAGGCGAAGUCGAAGAAGCAGGCUAAAGCCCAAGAAGCUGAGCUUGCCGCGGCGAAGCCGGUUCGCUUACCCAACUCCAAGCGAAAGACCAACGUGUUCCAUUACGAAGAAUUGGUGCACGAGGAUGUAAAGGUCCCUGUCUCGACCGGAGCCCCUAAAGCAGAAACCACAUCUGCCGCAAAUGGUGAUGCGCCUGCGCCUGCGCCCGCGGCCGAUGUUCCCAUGGCUGAUGCCACGCCUAGCAAUCAAGAGGCAAAACCCGAGGCUAAGCCUGAGGGUACCAGCGAUGCCAAUGCCGAGGCGGUAGAGUCUGUGGCUAACGCUACUAACACGGAGCGGAGAACAAGGCGAGUGCGACGAGAUAUCGAGGUUGGUCUGGAGCGAUUCCUUUUCGCAGACCGUCAUGAGAUCAAUCGAAUCACCGAUACUAUCUAUCGCGCGAUCCAGAGCAUUGAUGAACCAUACAAGCGGCCGGGCUGCUGGGAUAAUAUUGUGUUCGUCGGUAAUGGUAGCCGUCUACGAGGUCUCAAGGAAAACAUCCUGCAGACACUUACCGCCCGUCAUCUAAUCUCACCCAGCACCGCGACCAUCUUCACCUCGGAAUUGCCCUCUAACAUGGCAACACCAACCGGCACCGGCUCUCAGACACCUACCGGCUCUUUCACAGGCCAACUUCCCACCACCAGCUCGGUAAACCCUCUUCUGCAAGCCGCGACUACGGCUUCGUUGGGCGUGCCCGGCGCGGUACAGGCUCCCGGCUCUACUUCCGGCGACAUCGGCUACGGCCACCACUCCCACGCCCAGACGCCUACGAGCAUCAAGAUGGCCCCGCUGCCCGCCUACCUGGCCGAGUGGACGAAGAACGGCUUCGAGGAGGCCAUGUUCCUCGGCUCCCUCAUCGCCGCCCGUCUGGCGUAUUGCAUCCAUAAUUUGGACGCCCAGACCCUGGAGGCGCAGCGCACGAUGAGUCUCAACCGGGUUGAUUACAACGAGCACGGCCCUAAGCUCAUCCACGUACACUCGAUGCUCGGGAACGAUACUUCGUGAAUAGAGGGCGUCGAUCGCAUUGCUUGCCUAAUUAGCAAAGCAAUCUAACUGUUCUUCUUCUUCUUCUCUUCUCUUCACUUCUUCUGCUUGUCCUCUUUGGUGAUAUAAUCACGGUUUUUUUUUUUCUCUUCGCGGAGUUUUAGGGUCACG